CCCGCCCCGUGGUGCCGCCCCCUGCCACCAGUCACACAUGCGUGUCGGGAGGGAGGAGGACAUGCCGCGCACGCGUGUCUGGCAAGUGGGAAGAGAGCUCACCGCCUGCACGUGGACUUCUUCAUUGCGUGCGUCGACUCGGCGGUGACCACGAGGCAGGGUGGGAGAGCCCAGAGCGUUUGUGUUGCUGCUGCCGCCAGCUGCCUGCUAUGUCUGUGUCGCACUCAUCACAUUAUUACAAGGACAACAAGAUGCUGUAAUGAGAACACAUCACUUUCAUUCCGAGCAGGUUCCUCCAGGCAAGGACUCCUUGGCUGCAUUCACACGUAACAAGAAGCUGGAGGCUGAUGAACCCACAGUUUCAAUUUCAAACCGUAAAGAGGAAGAAUUCUUAAAGAUCUGGUCGAACUUCAAUGAAUUCUUUAUGCUUUGAAACAUAAGGCAAAUAUUCUUCAAGAAGCUUUCCUGAAGUUGCAGAAUACUUGAAGGAGAUCCCUAGAGAAGAUACACAAACAGCAGCACUCAACACAUGGAAUGACGGAAAGGAACCAGACUUCUGUGUCAGAGUUCAUUCUGGUGGGAUUAACUGAUGAUCCAGUUCUGCAGUCUGUUCUCUUUGUGUUAUUCUUAGGGUUCUAUGUUGUCACCUUGCUGGGGAACUUUGGAAUGAUCCUUUUAAUCAGAAUUGACUCCCGACUCCACACCCCCAUGUAUUUUUUCCUCAGACACUUGUCAUUCAUUGAUCUUUGUUCUUCCUCAUCCAUCUCUCCCAAAAUGCUCUCAGACCUGCUCAUGGAAAGGAAGGUGAUAACUUUUGCCAGAUGUGCAGCACAGUUUUUCUUUUUUGCUGCUUUUGGCACCACUGAAUGUUUCCUGCUUGCUGCGAUGGCGUACGAUCGCUACAUGGCCAUCUGUAAACCUCUGCAUUACUCAGUCUCCAUGUCCUACAGUCUAUGCAUUCGCAUGGUAGUUGGCUCCUAUGCUGCUGGGACACUGAACGCCAUGGUGCAUACAGGAACCAUAUUUCAAUUGUCUUUCUGUGGGCCCAACAUCAUCAAUCACUAUUACUGUGAAGAACCUCCUGUACUUGAGCUUGCCUGCUCGGACACCAGUAUUAAUAAAAUUGUGGUUUUUGUUUUUGUAGGGUUCAAUAUGACAGUGACAAGUGUGACUAUCCUUGUUUCAUAUACAUACAUUCUGUUCACUAUCCUGAGGAUCUCCUCAGCCGAGGGCAGGCACAAAGCCUUCUCCACCUGUGCCUCCCACCUGACGGUUAUCACUCUUUACUAUGGCGGUGCUGGGUUCGUCUAUUUCCAACCCAGUGCCAGCCAUUUGUUAGACCAAGUUAAGGUCGCUUCUGUGUUUUAUACAGUGGUGACUCCCAUGUUGAAUCCCAUGAUCUACAGCCUGAGGAACAAGGAAGUUAAGGCGGCUUUGAGGAAAGCCAUGAUGAGAAAGCCCUUUUCUCCACACAUUUGAGCAUAAUACAUAUUGUAUAAUUAACUCAUACAGAGGCUGUUCUCACGUGCAGGCAAAACCAGGCUAAGGAAGCCCAAACCAUUUUGCCUGCAUGUG